AUCUUCGCUUCGUGAACACCUUGCCGCACUGGGCCAUAUCCCGCCGCAGCGUGUGGCAGCCUCGACCUCUUCUUCUUCUCUCCGCUUAUCGCGAAGGGUCGACGAUGUGCGGUUUCGUACUCGAGCCAAUGAACGGGUGUUCCCGCAAAAUUUAACGCAAGAACAACGACCACCAACCACUCGCCCACUUCAAUAACCAACCAACAACGAGAAAAAAAUACGAUUCCUCCAACCGUUCACCAUGGCUGGCGAACCUGCUAAGCGUCAAAAGCGCGAGGAAUACAAAAAAUCGCUAAACGCAGACGAGAGCAAUGCGGCGCUCCCGAAGAAGAAAUUCUACAGGCAACGCGCCCAUGCCAAUCCCUUCUCCGACCACUCGUUGGCCUAUCCCAAAAGCCCCAGUGAUAUGGACUGGGCCUCACAUUAUCCCGCAUAUGCCGUGAAGCAACCGCAAGAGAAGGAUGAAGCAGAGUCACAUGACUCAGAAAAGGCAAUCGCCAUCACACAACCAGUCGAGAUCGCAGACAUAGGAUGUGGAUUCGGAGGCCUGCUGUUCGCCCUCGCACCUAGAUUUCCCACCUCACUGAUCCUAGGCAUGGAAAUCCGCACAUCAGUGACCGAGUACGUGCAGGAAAAAGUCCGCGCCCUGCGCGCCCAGAACUCCGCGACGUCUGGCUUCCAAAACGCAGCCUGCAUACGCGCCAACACGAUGAAGUUCCUGCCCAACUUCUUCGCAAAGGGCCAGUUGGCUAAGAUCUUCCUCUGCUUUCCAGACCCCCACUUCAAGCAGAGGAAGCACAAGGCGCGUAUCGUGUCGUACACGCUGAACUCUGAGUAUGCGUAUGUGCUGAAGCCCGGCGGGAUCGUGUAUACGAUUACCGAUGUCGAGGAUCUGCAUAAGUGGAUGGUAGAGCAUUUGGAGAAGCAUCCGAGCUUUGAGAGGGUGAGGGAGGAGGAGCAGGAGAAGGAUGAGUGUGUGGAGAUUAUGAGGACGGAGACGGAAGAAGGGAAGAAGGUGGAGAGGAAUAAGGGGAUGAAGUAUGUGGCUCUGUUUAGGAGGUUAGAGGAUCCGGCGUGGCCAUGAGAAUUUCUCUCACGUUGUGUUUCUGGGUAGGUAGAAUGAUAUCAAAAAGUUAGAGAUUCAACAGACUUUUAGAUUAUUGUGCAUGACGGGAUCAAGACAGAAACGAGAUCUUUUAC